GACAACUAAAUUCUCAAUCCCAAGAUGAAAUUCGUUAUUAUUUUCUCUGCCUUUUUCGCCGUAGCCAUGUGCGCUUCAGUGCCUUUGGAUAACGCUCAAAUCGUCCGUUAUGACAACGACAACAUUGGAGUUGAAGGAUACCAUUGGGCUCUUGAGACCAGCGAUGGCAAGACUUUCAGCGAAGAUGGAUCUUUGGAGAAUGUUGGCAAGGAAGAUGAAUCCCUUGUUGUCCGUGGACAAUACAGCUACGUCGGACCCGAUGGUGUCACUUACACCGUCAACUACAUCGCCGAUAAGAACGGUUUCCAACCACAAGGUGCUCAUUUACCAGUUGGCCCAAAGUAAAUUGAUCUUGCCAUCACAACAAGAACAUAGUGCGCGGCCGUUGAAGUUUAUUGAUUGAUCAUUU